CAGUGUGUUGAUCACCCAUGUAGAGAAAGAGAUGCGAGUGUAGCGGGUGGUUGCUUUACCAAACAGCAAAGAAUGACGUUUAUUACUAUGCAACCCUAAGUACUUAACUACUUACAAUUUUAUCGUGUUUAUAUACGAAGUAUGAGUGAACGUGAUACGAAAUUUUGGGUGAUUUUCAAAGAGGUUUAAGUGUUUACAAUGCAUGAUGGCAGUGUUAGUACAAAAUACAAACGGACAUUUACAAUCUCAGUUGACGAGAUCUCUAGAAAGAAUAUUGGAAGAAGCAAAUCAAAGUGGAGAACUGAGAUUGAGUAACAGAAAGCUGAAGGAUUUCCCGAAAUGCAGCGAUAAAUACAACCUAAGUGAUACUGUCAUAGCAGAUUUGUCGAAAAAUCGUUUUAGUGAGCUUCCAGAGGAAGUGACAUCAUUCCACUUCUUAGAAAAGCUUCUAUGUUAUCACAACGCAAUCAGAUUUAUGCCAGAUGGAUUGAGUAAUCUUCAGUGCCUCAGUUUUCUGGAUCUUAGUAGGAAUCAAUUAACCAGUCUUCCUAGGGAAAUAUGUCAAUUACCCAUUCAGAUCCUCCUGGUCUCGAACAAUAGGCUCAAAAGUCUUCCAGAUGAGUUGAGCAAAAUGUCGCAGCUCACCGAGCUGGAUGCUUCUUGUAAUCAAUUAUCACAUCUUCCUCCAAGAAUGUGCGAACUGCGGAGUUUGCAAUCUCUUAUCCUCCGAAAUAAUCUACUCUUGGCUUUGCCCAUUGACAUUACGCUGCUGAGCCUUGUCAGGCUGGACCUGAGGGCUAAUAGACUCAGUACAUUACCCGUGGAACUGAGGGAUAUGGAGUCAAUGAUAGAUUUAUUACUUGAGGAUAACCCGUUUACAAGUCCGCCCGCCAGUCUCUGCAAAAGGGGUCGAGUACACAUCUUCAAAUAUCUUGAAACCGAGGCUUUGAGACUGGAAGCCAAAUGUGGUAACUUCACCGCGGGUGGGACGUUAGGAAGAAGAACAAAGAAGACUGGAGGGUCACCUGGACCCACACACUUAGAUAGACUGAAACAAAAGCGUUAUAAUGUAGAUAGCGGUUAUAGUACUAGUAGCGACGAUAAACGUUGGUCACAAGAAAUCACAGGUGAUCUAGACAAAACCUGGACAGGCUCCAAUCCAUCAGUUACAUCAACACGCACAGAAUUGAAUGGAACGCCUUCUUCUCUGUCAACGCCUUCCACUAUAAGUCCUGGGCCCGAGAAUGGUGAAGAUGAAUCUGACAGAAAAGAUGACAACAAGAGCCUAGGAGAAGUUAGUUCUCGUCUUAGUCCAGUUAUUGACCAUAACAACGUUAUACAUAGCAAUGGUUAUGAGGAGAAAAUGAAACCUCUACAUCAAAUUCAAACAUACAGGGAAUACAAAGAAGCCUUAAAACAACAACGAGCCCAGGAAGUUCCUUCUGUAUACAGAACCAAAGAAUCAGAUGAACAUUCUUACAAAACAGAACCAAAUACACCAACGCACUAUCAUUCACCUCAGUCUUCUAUGGCUACCUCAAAGUCUGAUCCUACACCCCUAAAUUCUGUGUUGGGUAGCCCCAAGAAAAUAUUCGACGAUACAAGUAAAAAACCAGUCCAAAAAGUGCAACCGUCAAGAAAUACAACAUUCUCGCCCAAUCACAGUUACACAAAUGGAAAUGGUAUAAAUGUAGAACAUAAUAGGACCUCUAAUUCAAGUAGCCCGCAAUUCAUCCAAGAUUAUGUAAAGCCUACAUCACCUUUUAAAACAAACUCUCCUAGUAUACUAUCUCAUGACAAUGUUCCUUCUGGUAAUAAUAAACAGAACGGUAAUUCGCCAUUGAAGAACAACUUGAAUGGUUGUGGAAACGUGAAAAGCUUAAAUGGGGUAAAUAAGGCUACCCCAAGGAAUAUUUCCUGGAAUCCUGAAGUUGCACCUGACAAAAUGACUUUCACAAUGAGAAGAGAAAUUGACAAAGCAAGAGAAGAAACCGAUUUGAUCAAUCAAUUGAGAAAUAUAAUUGAAACUCGAUUGAAAAUGGCACUGCCAAAUGAUUUAGCUUCUUCAUUAACAGAUGGCGUUGUCUUAUGUCAUCUGGCCAAUCACAUUAAACCUAGGUCGGUUGCAAGUAUUCACGUUCCUUCGCCUGCAGUUCCAAAGCUCACAAUGGCCCGAUGUAGGCGAAAUGUUGACAAUUUCAUAGAAGCGUGCAGGAAAAUUGGUGUUGAUGAGGGGCGGCUAUGCAGCACCCUAGAUGUAACCGAGGCUUUAGAGGGAAGAGGCCUACCCUGUCUUUAUGAUACCAUUGUGGCCCUGUGUGAACAGGAGCAGACUUAUGCGGAAAGAAAACAACCAGCUCAGCAGAACAGAACCCUGCAGGACACCACAGUCUCACUCCUACUGCUGGCAGUUUUCUUUGGGACUUUGGUAUUUCUGAUGAUAUUUCCACCACCACCAUAAUUUCAUAACAAUUUUUUUUGCAGUCACUGAUAGAAGUUAUUCAAAAAGGUUUUUUUUUAAUUGACUAUUCUCUAUCUUCAUCUUUAUUUGUCAGUCAAAUAUGCUAAACAUAUUUGUUCAAAAUUAUUGUUUAUGAAAUUUUCCACAUAAUUUCAUCAUAAAAAUAAGACUAAAAGGAUUUUGUUUCGAAACUGGGGCCUUGAGAAUAGUAUGAAAGUCUUCAAUACUAAAAAAGUGUCUUUUGAGAAUAAUACUUUAUAUUUUGUAAUGAAAACACAUUUCAUCUAACUUUUUGUGAAAUUUGUACCACUGAUUUAUACAAAAGAAAUAUCUUGAUAUUCAUAUCUCUUAUAUUCUAGAUAAAUAUGAAAUCAGAAAUCAAAAAUUUUUUGUGUGAAUAUUUGAUAUUCAAUAGUUAUUCGAAUUGUAGAAUUGAUUAUUCUGUGUAAUGGAGUUAGUGAUAUAGCAUACACAUUCCAUAUUUAUAUAGGUAUGUAGUAUUCAUGAAUUUUCCAGGAAUUAUUUUAUUGCGCUUUUCAUCUGAUUUUGAUGACAUAUUGUGAUUAUUUGUGCUUCGAAGGUGCCUCUUGUGAAAAUUUAGGAAUUGGUUAAAGCCAAACGUAGAUCGUUUGUGAAUGUAGGUUAAUGAAAAACGGAUUUAUUAGCAUAUUAUUUAUUGAUAAUUUAUAUCGAAUCGAAAUUUUUGUUGGAUAUUCUUUUUAACUGGAACCAGUUCAAAUUUGUUGAAUAGAAGGAUUGGUUUGGAACAUCCAUAAAUUCAUUUAUUGUUAAGAUAUAUAAUAAUGAGUAAACAACUUAGAUUUCAAAUAAGGUGUGGAAAGACAAUGGUGCCUUCUUCCAAUCGCUUCACCUUCUCUUUUUGAGUCAGAAAGUAUUAUCAGUAUUAAUGUAACGAGAACAAAUAUGACGUUUUGAGUUGAGGCUGAUGAAAUUGACUACUUAUCGAGUUUCAUUUCUAUAUUUCUUGAGAAUUAUAAAAUAUUAGUAUCGUUACUGAACAGCACAGUGAUACCAAAGUUUGAAAUAUACUUUUUUGCUUUGAAAUGAAUCUUACUGCUUCGCAAUUUAUCCUUGAAAUGAUACUUAAGUUAGAUAGUUUUAGUCCUAUGAGGCAGCUAAUUCUUCGUAGUAUUAUUUAAGAUGCAUUUAUUAUUCAAAAUUUAUCCCAUAAAUUCCAUUGAUCCAACAGGGUAUUUUCUUGUAAUAACAAUACAAUCAGAAUAGUGUUCAUUUAAGAUACUUCAGAAAUAUUUUUAAAUUAACCGUUUCAAGUUAGAAUCUCAUUGCAUU